AGGCCUCAGGGUGUGUGUGCGUGUGUGUGUGCGUGUGUGUAUGUCAGACAGAGAAGAUGCUGUGAUGGUUUAUGUUCAGCGGGCAAGUGUCCGUGUCAGAGAAUAGCGGGACGGCUACAGUGACGAUUGAAAUAGAAAAGUAUUCUGAAUCUAUAAAAGCAGCAGUAUGCCUGGGAUGAUAACAAGAUUACCAUGUUGUGCGGAAAGCAGACGCGAGCAACCACAGAAAAAGCCAAACGUUCACAGGCGCUCAGCUGCAGCUGAGGCCGACCACGUUGAGUCAACAGGUGGGGUAAAUGACAUCUGAGUCAGCACUGAAGGUUGCUGGAACGGAGACCACCGGGGGCCAGGUUUCACAGCGCGCAGAUAUCUGGAGUCUUAAGGAAUGCUCAAAGCUAGUUGUCACUUCAUUCACGUUGUGCAGCGGACGCCACGCACACGGAUGCAGGUUCACGGCCAACAACCAGAGACGUCCACUGUUUCCUAUAUGCAACCAGCAGCUUUGGAUUUCCGCGGGGUUAGCCGUCGAGGCAGCGAAGGAUCUGAUCUGGAGUUUUAAAACAGAAGCUCGCUUGGAGAAACGGAUCAAGCGGGUGGGCGGGGUGUUUCUUUCUGCAUCCUUCUGGUCAUGACUUGUUGUUUCUGUUUGCAACAAAGUUUGGGCCUGGACUCAGUGCUGGUGUUGCUUUCAGAUGUUCCUCAACACGGUGCUGGUGGUCCUGACAGACCUGGCUGCCAGGUUGCUUGGUAACAAGCUGUUCAGGCAGCAUUUCCACCUGCUGCUCUCAGCUGUCCUGGUGUUCGGCCCUGCGCUGAGCCUCUGGGUUUCCCAUCACAGCAUCUUUGCCAAGAGAAGUCACUUCCUCUACAGGUUGUUCCUGCGCUCUGGUUGGGGCUGGACGUGCGUUUUCGUCGGGUCCUUCAUCUUCCUAUUCUCCUUCUCCAUCCGCCGCUCUGUCCUUCUCUCGCUCCGUCACCUCAGCAGGCUCGCCGUGGGUGGAGGCCUCUGGCUUUGUUUCUGCACACUGCUGGACCUCCUGGAGAACACCACAGGAAGCUGCUAUGAACCUCUGCCCGCUGGUCCAGAGGUCACCGGUGGGCAGCCUCUGCUGGUGCUCAAAGAGGGGGAGAGCAAGUCCGAGUGCCUGAAAGCUGGGAUGGUGUGGCGAGGUUAUGAGGUUUCAGAGGACGUCUUCCUUCUGUGCCUGUGCUGCCUGCUGCUGGCAGAGGAAACGUCAGUGUUUGGUCCGUAUCUGAGGAUUGGGGGCGUCUCAGACGCCCCACUGAGGAUCCUCUUUUUGCUCUGCGUUCUCCUUCUUGGACUGUGGAUCUUCCUGCUGCUCUGUCUCUUAGCCUACUUCCCCCAGUUCCCCACUCAGCUGCUAGGAGGGGCGCUAGGCUGCCUCAGCUGGAGGGGACUGUAUCAGGGCUGGUACCGCAUGGGGCCCAGCUGGUACUGCCCAGGAAGGCCUGGUCAGGGACUGCUCAACAUAAAGACGAGCAGCACCGGGGUGGAAGACACACUAAACCACAAUCACUACAAUUAACCGAUGAAAACAGAUUCAACGCUUUGAGCUUAAACAUUAAAAGUCUUUAAAUCUUCAACAAAAAAUUUGCCUGGAAAGUUUUGACAUUUGACAUCUUUCACUCUUUACGUGUAAACCUGGCAUUAUGUUGUAUUAAUGGAGUUUCAAACAUUUUCCUUACAUAUGUUGCACAACUUAAAGGGGAUAUAUUAUGCAAAAUUAGCAUUUUGUAUGUUUUUGUACUUCCAUUUAGGUCUCAACUGCCUCCAAAAAGAACCCACCAAGCCAUGUUUUUGGCAAUAAGUUGAUAUGAUUUGGUGUCCGGAAAAUGAGCCGUUUGAAAAACCUUCUGAUUGUUAAGUCACAUUCAACUGGCACUGGGCUGUUACCUACCAAUCCAAGAAGAUCCACCAUGUUUGGUCAGCUGGUUUUACUGUUGUACAAUGGCUGCUGGAAAAGACAAUAUUCUGCCGUUGACUUACCAUCCAGAAACCACUUUGCCAUUUGUGCAGGAGGAUCCACUUCUGCUUUUCAAGGAUGAAAGUUUAUACAAUUGCGCAUCUGUUUGCAGCUAUUUUCAUGUGUGAGUGUAAACAUUGUUUGGGGGGGUGCGUGGUCAGCAGCACCUUAUUUCGAUUUAAAGUGACAACAGACCCUAAAACAAUUCUAAAAGCAGCUCAAAAUACAGAUCAGACUAAAAUCUCAAUAUUAAAGAAUUAAUUUGUACAAAAUGUAGUUAACAUAUCUGAUCCUGUUCAAGUAACAGAUUUAUUACCAAGAAGUAGAUAAGUAUUAGAAAAUAAAAAAACCCAUCAUGUAUGUUUGGAU